AUGACAUAUUCAUGUGUUCAAUUGAAUGAUUUAUCCGAUGAAAUUCUUUUGAUUAUUUUGAAAAAAUUGAACAAUGUCGAAGUACUUUCCUCUUUAUUCAAUGUCAAUAAGCGAUUAAAUAGAAUUGUACAUGAUUCAAUAUUUACUAGUGAUUUAACUUUAUUAAAAUAUUUGUCGGAUGAUUCUACUUAUUCAUUACCUGAUUCACUACUAGAUCGAUUUUGUUCGGAAAUCUUACCCUCGAUUGAUCAUAAAAUAAAAUGGUUUACUCUUGAAUCAUUAUCUAUGAAACGUAUUCUUCUUUCUACAAAUUAUCCUAAUCUCAAUGGACUUGGUAUAUAUAAUAUUAAAAUGAAAGCUGCUUUAUCUCUCUUUACUGAUGCGAUUACUUUUACUGAUCUAUUCAAAAAUCAAAUUUUAUCAUUUGUGAUUGAAAUUAUUGACAAAAAUUGUUACGAACCAAAUAUGAAUAUAAUUAUAUUUACAAAUAUCUUUAAAAAUUUUCCCAAUUUAAAAUAUUUAAAUUUUAAUCCAUCUUUUAUUUGUGAUCAAUAUAUAUCAUUCAAUUGGUCAUCUCCAACCAUUUUCUCUUCGACUUUGCUAACAUUGCAUGUCAAGGUAUCGUCUGUUAUCGAUUGUCUUCAUUUACUUGAUGGUCGAUUUAAUCAACUUCAUACAUUCUAUGUUCAUACAGGAUCAGCGUAUUCUCGUCAACAAUCCUUACAAAUCAAUAAUAAAGAAAAAUUACCAAAUUUAAAAUGUUUUUCAUUAUCUUCUGCUGAGCAAUUAGAUUUGUACGAUGAAAUAAUCAUACCACUUUUACAUCGAAUGUCAAAUUUAGAAAUACUCAUGUUCAUUUGUUCAUUUAUUCAUCUUAACAAUAAAAUUAAUUUACCAUCAAAUGAAGAUAUUCAAUAUUCAUUUAAAGAUUUUAAUUAUAAUCAAAUUAUUUCUUGUGUUAAUUAUUUUCGAGAGACGCAAUGCGGUGAAUAUCAUAUCUAUUCAUAUCCAUAUACACUGAGACAUUAUUAUUAUAUAAGAAAUAAUUUUCCAGGUGGAUUAUUUAAAUGUGUUCGUCAAGUAUCAUUAUAUGAUGAACAUCCUUUUGAACAUGAAUUUUUUCUUCGUAUUCAAAAAUCAUUUCCAUUGAUGGAAAAAUUAACUUUAUAUAAUAAGAAACGACAAAAUAAUAAACAAUAUAGAAAAUCAAAAGAGAAUAUCGAACAUCUAUCGAUCGUUGAAUAUCCUUAUCUUACCAACCUUACUUUAUAUAAUACUCAUUAUGAUUAUAUUGAAGAAUUUCUACUUGAUACCAAAACAUGUUUGACAAAUGGUGUUUAUCUCUCUCUUAAUUAUAAAUCUUUAAAAAAAGUUACACGCAAUUUUAAAAGAAAUGCAACACGAAUUAAUUCUAAUAAAGUCAAUCGUUUACAUAUUUCUGGUGAAUUCAAAAUAACUGAACGUUUGAAAAAUUAUUUUUCUCAUGCAAUAAUAUCUAAUAAUUAUUAUGGAUUUAUUUGA